CGUCAAUUCACUUCAUAAAUUUCAAUGUCCUUCUCUUUCCUGCUUUUGAAUACAAAUUUACAAUUUACAAGUAAUGACAAACGACGCUGUUCCCCAGUACUCAUCCUCGUCAUCUUCAUCUUCAUCUUCCAGUACUGGCUCAGACAUGCCGAAGAACGACGUCGUUUCCUCUUCCUCUUACUCUGAAAUCUGGAACUACCUCUGGAUCCCUCUCCUCAUUUCUUACUCAAAAGAACUCAGUCUCGCCAAAGCUCAGUCAACGAUUCUUCUCCCAACUCAAAAUCAUCAACUCGGUCUCGCCGACUCCUCCACCACCACCUGUAUCGCUCCAGAUCCCAACCUCAACUACCGGCCGGUCAUCGGAAUUCUGAGCCACCCGGGCGACGGCGCCUCUGGACGUCUCAACAAUGCCUCAAACGCUUCCUACAUUGCGGCCUCCUAUGUCAAAUUCGUUGAAUCCGCUGGUGCUCGUGUUAUUCCUCUCAUCUAUAAUGAACCUUCCCACAUUCUUUUCCAGAAGCUCAACUUGGUCAAUGGAGUGCUCUUCACAGGAGGGUGGGCUAAAACUGGUCUGUACUACAAAGUUGUUGAGAGGAUUUUUAAGAAAGCGUUAGAGAGGAAUGAUGCUGGUGACCAUUUCCCAUUAUAUGCCAUAUGCCUAGGUUUUGAGAUAUUAACAAUGAUCAUCAGCAAGGACCAUAAUAUUCUCGAAGCAUUUAAUGCAACAGAUCAGGCAUCUACUCUUCAAUUUAUGGAAAACACACAUAUUGAAGGAACUGUGUUUCAAAGAUUUCCUCCAACUUUGCUUAAAAAAAUGAGUACAGAUUGUCUUGUCAUGCAAAACCAUCGUUAUGGUAUCUCACCUGAAAGGUUUCAAGAGAACCAGAAUUUAUCCAGCUUUUUUAAGGUCCUGACAACCAGCACAGAUGAAGAUAACAAGGUCUAUGUCUCCACAGUACAUUCACACAGCUAUCCCGUGACUGCCUUUCAAUGGCAUCCAGAGAAAAACGCUUUUGAAUGGGGCUUAUCAAUGAUUCCACACUCAGAGGAAGCAGUUCAGGUGACGCAGCAUGUUGCAAACUUUUUGGUCAGAUUAAGUUCUAUAUCAGCAGUUAGUGAGGUGCUGUGGCCGGGUCAAGCUGCCACACUUCUACUGUUGCAGCGGAAAGAGGGAAGGUGUCGUGAGGCAAGGAAGUCAUUGAAUAGGCCACCUUCUCGAAGAGUGCUCGACAAUCUCAUAUACAAUUACAGUCCCACUUAUUGUGGGAAGGCUGGGAAGGGAUACGAUGAAGUUUAUAUCUUUUCAUAACUGCCAAACCAAAAUUUUAAGGUCAUUUAUUAUGUAUGCGUCUUUUGAUAUAUGUGUAGCGUGCAUUGUAUUUGUUAUGAACUUUAAAAGUUGAAAAACAUGACAUUGAUCAUCUUUCCAUAUAUUGAAGACUAAUACUUCCCACU